GUCCACACCCCACAGAACUCACAUGCUCUCAUGCUCUUCCCACUAAUAUAAAAUUCAUAAAUUCAUGUGCGCACUGUCGCUUCCACCAUUUUAGCAUUUCCUCAAUAGUCAAUACCACAAUCGGCCAUCGCUCCCCAGAAAACCCAGCGAUGAAUCUAACCGAUCCCGAUCAUCAUCUCCAUCUCCAUCUCAUCCGACGGCCACGAUCUUCCCCUCAGAGAAGCCGAUCAUGCUAGCCACCGCCGCAUCCUCGUCAUCCACGUGGCUGCGGGCCCGCCCGAUCCGCUACCUCGUCCUCUUCCUCUGCUCGCCGAUCCUCCUCCCUUUCCUCUGCGCCGUCUUCCCUCUCCUCUGCGCCGCCGAGCUCUGUCUCCGCCUCUGCCGCCGCCGCCGCGGGAAGAUCUCCGACGGCUCGGAGGAGAACGACGAGCGGCUCAGGCGGUGCGAGGAGGGGAACUGCGGCGGGCGAGACACGACGGAGCGCGGCGGCGUAGAAGAGAUCGGGAUCAUGUUGCUGCAGAGAUACUUGGAGGAUCAGCUUCUUCUCGUCGGAUCGAUGUACGAUUGUGGCGACGAUGGGGAACUGGAAGAGGAUUUCGGCGCCGGUGAUGAUGAUUCUAGGGCUACGGUUCCUCUUUUGAAUUGAUUUUAUUUUUUAUGUUUUUUUUUUGUUCGUAAAUUUUACGUGUAAAUUUGAGACAAAUUCGUAGUUUAUAGAUUGCUGUUUACAGUUGAU